GGCAGGGAUGAGGGAGUGGCGGGGCUCUGGGACCAGUGCACGCGGCCUGGCACUACAGAGCGCAGUCGCAGCUCUCCGCCUGGCAGACCUGUGAGAGUACGGGGCCUCGGCGGCCGGAACCUGGCGCGGACGUCCGGAGCUUCGCUCUCGAAGGUGGAGGGUUGAUUCCUGCCGCUGCUUCUCCGGGGCCUGCGCUGCCCGCAGCAUUGUCGGGGUUGCUGAGGAGAGUGACCGCAGCUGAAAGCCUGGGGCUCGCCACACUGAAUCCUCCUGUGCCCGGGAUUAACAGCAGACCCUCCCUUUGGUAGUAGUCAGAGGGGAAGAAUCUGUCUUCUUAGAACAUGGCAGGCAAGAAAGUGCUCAUUGUCUAUGCUCACCAAGAACCCAGGUCUUUCAAUGGGUCCUUGAAGAAAGUGGCAGUGGAGGAACUCAGCAAGCAGGGCUGUGCCAUCACCGUUUCCGAUCUGUACGCCAUGGACUUCGAGCCACGGGCCACCAGGAAAGAUGUCAUCGACCGGGACUUACACUUACCAGUUGUCAUAAAGACAGAAGAGGUGAUGUGUGGAGCACAGCACCUGAUAGGUGCUCUCUCUAAUCCCAAGUUCUUCAACUAUGGGGUGGAAGCAUACGAAGCCUUUAAGAAGAGGUCUCUGGCCAGUGACAUAACUGACGAACAGAAAAAGGUUCAGGAAGCUGAUCUAGUGAUCUUUCAGUUCCCGCUGUACUGGUUCAGCGUGCCGGCUAUCCUGAAGGGCUGGAUGGACAGGGUGCUGUGCCAGGGCUUUGCCUUUGACAUCCCAGGAUUCUACGACUCCGGUUUUCUCAAGAAUAAAUUGGCCCUCCUCUCGUUAACCACGGGGGGCACAGCCGAGAUGUACGGGAAAACCGGAGUCAGCGGAGAUUUUCGGUACUUCCUGUGGCCCCUCCAGCAUGGGGCGCUGCACUUUUGCGGAUUUAAAGUCCUCGCCCCGCAGAUCAGUUUUGCUCCCGAGAUUGCCUCAGAAGAAGAGAGGAAGGCCAUGGUGGCAUCCUGGGCCCAGCGGCUUAAAACCAUCUGGGAGGAAGAGCCCAUCGACUGCACGCCUGCUUGGUACUUCGGGCACUGACGCUUCGCACCACCUCCACGGCACGGGCACAGCUGGCACAUGCAAAGAGAAGAUGCCCCCGUAAUAAAAUGAAAUCACAACAGA